UAUUGCUACUGCCGCGAGACCGCGAGACCACAUACAGUAGUCGUUCAGCCACGGACGGCAUAACAACGUUGAAAGGGUCGUCGGAACGGUUCACCGGCGUCGUUACCAGUGGCGUCGCGUCUGUUAACGCGACUAACAGGAGGGCUCUGGUGGUCGGCUACCACGACCGCGGUAUACAGCACGUGCUCGCUGCCGCCGCGGCCACCGGUUGCGACUUUUGUGACAACGGUACCGACGGCAGCAACAGCAACAGCCGCGCCCCAGCCGAAAUAACAGCUGCCGCCGUCGUUGUCGAUAACUUGACGGUUCAGCUGAAGCCGCCGCAGCCGUCACCCGUCUCGCAGUGCACUUGUUACGCGUCGUUCCCGCUGCCGCCGCCGCCGCAACCACCGCCGCCGCCACCGCCGGAGCACCAUCAGCAGCAGCACCACCACCAGCCGAGGCAAACGGUCGGGCCCGUGCGCGUGCGCAGUAAUUGCAGACUGGCCGUCAGGACGCUGUAUCCGUACCCGUACCCGACGACCACGCCGCCGCAAACGUUCCAGCCGACCACCGCGGCGGUACGCCAGCACCACCACCACCUAUAUCAGCAGCACCACCCACAGCAUCAACCCCAUCACCAGCACCAGCUGGCCGCCGACAGCCUCUGCCACUGUCGCGUGGCCGCCGCGUUGGCCGUCAACCAGCACCAGCAGCAGCACCAACAGCAGCAACAGCUGUCGCACCAACAGAUGCUAUUCGUGCCAUUCUCGAUGCCGGCCAACUACGGCAAUCACUUGGCGUGCCCAGCACCAUCGUCGGCCGGUGCCGGUGGCGGAUCGGCUGCCGCGGCCGCAGCCGCAGCCGCAGCCGCCGCGGCCGUGGCCACUCUUUCCAACAGCGGCAACCCGAACGUAGUCAGCCCGUCGGCCGCAGCGGCCAUCGUCAACGGCAACGCAGCAGCUGGCCUCAAGGAAAUGAAACUCAACUGGGCAUCUUCGCCGGGACCUCAACCAAAAGCUGAUACAAGUAAACACCAUCACAUAUUCGUCGGUGACCUUAGUCCUGAAAUUGAGACACAAACACUUCGAGAAGCAUUUGCACCUUUUGGCGAAAUAUCAGAUUGUCGGGUAGUGCGAGAUCCUCAAACGUUAAAAUCAAAAGGCUAUGGUUUCGUGUCAUUUCUAAAGAAAGCUGAAGCUGAAAGUGCGAUAGCUGCAAUGAACGGUCAGUGGCUGGGUAGUAGAAGCAUAAGGACGAAUUGGGCGACCAGAAAACCACCAACUUUAAAAACUGACUCCAACACUAAACCACUAACGUUUGACGAAGUAUACAAUCAAUCUAGUCCGACCAAUUGUACCGUGUAUUGUGGUGGAUUGACCAGUGGACUCACGGAUGAACUGGUACAAAAAACAUUCGCUCCAUUUGGCAACAUUCAAGAAAUAAGGGUCUUCAAAGACAAGGGUUACGCAUUUGUUCGAUUUGCCACCAAAGAAUCAGCCACUCACGCUAUAGUGGCUGUUCACAAUUCGGACAUCAACGGGCAACCGGUCAAGUGCUCGUGGGGCAAAGAGUCCGGUGAACCAAUCGUAUCGCAAAACGCUUCACAAGUGUGCUCAUCUCAGGCAGCGCUCAGUAGCACACAAUUUCCGUAUACUGCUGCGGCGUAUGGCCAACAACUGGGUUACUGGUACCCGCAGAGCUAUCCAGCCACACAGUUACAAGGUCAGUUCCUACAAGGCGUCCAAGGUUAUACGUAUGGACAGUUUGGUUACCAACAAGGUUAUCUCGGCCGGAUGGGAAUGCAAGCGCUGCCGACGGGAGCGACGACCGCGUGGACUCAACCGGGAGCCCUGCAGCCAGGCCAGCAGAUCGCGUCCGCCGUGGCCGCUCAACAAUCGGCUCCGGCACCGGCACCGCCGCCCGCCGCCACGGCAAUGAUCCCGGCCUAUCCGACGCUCCACCAGUUUCAGAUAGCCGACGAAGAAUGGCUUACGCCGAGCCUGCUGGUCUGAGGAUGACUGAAUCCUGGAGCCCAAAAACGCGAUACGAUAAUUCUUCCAAACUCCGCCUUCUGCUACACACAUAGUCAAGCCAAUCAAAAUUACAAUGCCCCGAAAACCCUGUCAACGUACCAAACGAAUUGUAAAUAAAUCAAUAUGGGGCAUCGAAAUUCAAAAGCGAAAAAAACCAAUAUUCUAUUUAAUAUGGACCGGUAUAUUAAUGUGUUAUUGUUCGUUUGUACGUGUUGAAUCCUCGAUGGGCUGCAUUCAGUAUUAAAAAUUAGAUCGCUAACCAAUUAAAAAAACUUAACAUAUCAUCGACACAAGUGAUGAAGAAUUGUGAUAAAAUCGAUAAUUAAACCAAUAAAAAAAAAAUAAAAAAAAAAUAAAAAUAUUAAGUUAUAUAUAAAUAUAUAUAGUAGAGAAAGUUAACAAAAAAUAAACUGAAUUGUGCUUAUAUGCUCAAAAUGAAAAUAAUACUUAAAGUAACUACUAAUCAAUUCUAUAAUGAAAACUAUUUAAAAGUGUAGAUUUUUUCGAAUUCUUUUCGAUUGCCAAACAAUUUUUUAUACUGAAUAAAUCGAUAUAUUUUUAUUCAUCUGAUUUCUGUAAUUUUUUUUUUUUUUUCAUUCACAUGAUAGAAUAUUAAUGAAGCAUUUCGUAUAUGGCUCCAGAGAACAAAAGUGUUAAUAUAAUCGAACUAUUAUAUUACACACACAAACACACGCAUACACACCCACAUACAUACAUACAUCAUGUACACACCAACCGUGAGUACCAUGUCUGUAUGUAUGUAAAUAAUAUUUAAUCGAUAGCGAUCAUUCGCUCAAUUUAUAAUAUUAAAUAUAGACACAACGUACUAUUAUUAUUGUUAUUAUUAUUUCGCAGUGUAAUUUCGCUACGUUUUGCUAUUUUAGCCAACUUUUGUAAAUAUAAAAAUAAUAUACUUUUAUAGCGAGCUGUUUUCAUUUUUAUAGAGUGUUAUAAUAUGAUUACAUUAUUUGUUGUGUUAUGUUUGUCAGUUUUUGGUAUAACUAUAUGAUAAUAUUAUUAUUGAAUCGUAUCUCUUCUAAAAGGAAAAAGAAAAUCAAUUAUACGAUUAAUCUCGUCCGGUAGUUUUGUUUGUACAAAUGCCCAAGAUCUUCGCUUCGAGUAUUCCCCACCGAAAUCAUUUCCUGUGCUCAAUACACUCACAUUUCAAACCACCGUUUGUCUGCCGAUUUAAAUCACUGUUUUUUUUUAAAAAAAGAAUAUGUAUAUAUAUAUAUAUAUAUAUAUAUAUAUAUAUAUAUUUAUCUAUAAAUAAUGACUCAGAAGUCGUGUUGAUGGAUUUUCUCUAUGACUCCUUAGGAUAAAUGGUUCUACUAAUAAGAAUAUAAUCUAUGUAAAUUAAAGUGUGCCAUGUUGUAGUAAAUUUUUUGAUAGUAACAAUGAAGUUAAAUGAUUAGAUGGGAAACGUGCAUAGGCCGAAUGGUAGCUAUCUGGUAGUUUUAUAAAAUUAAAAAUUAACAUAAUAUAACUAAAAUUUAUAUUAUAUAUGUAUAAUUACACAAAUACAUAU